AUGGCUGAGAACCCCAACCCACCAGCAAGUAAGUUUGAGGUCUUCGGAGAUGCUUACCAUCUCUGCCUCAAGAUCUCUAACCGCCAAGAUCUCACCGAUAAAGCAAGAUCGAUUAUCGAUACAUACCUCAGCGGAGCCAAAGAAGCGCUGGACAAGGCUCGCAUCGAUCAUGACAGAAGGUAUCGCGCAUGGUGGCUGAAGAAAAAACACGCCGAAGACGUUAGAUCUCGCAGCCAGACUAUCACCGACAGUCAGGAUGUGCCUGGAGUAACCGACAAUUCUCAGCGAAAUGAGCCUCACCUGAACGCUAUGAUUGAGAUGGACUUUGAUGAAAUUUUUGAUGAUAACGGUGUUCUCCUUGAUAUCGUCGUGUGA